AUGACUGAUAGUGACAUUCUCGCUGGAUUGGAAAUCGCCAAAAAAUACAACGUAGCUACGGCCUGCAUCAAACCAUAUUCGAUCCCGGUAGCUAAGAAGAUUCUAGCCGGAUCUGACGUUCUCAUUUGUCCAGUUAUCGGUUUUCCCCAUGGCAACAGCACAACCGAAAUCAAGGUAAUCGAAGCAGAGGCUGCUGCCAAAGCUGGUGGUCAAGAAAUCGAUAUGGUUAUCAACAUUGGCAAGGCCCUUGGAGGGGACUGGGACUAUGUUAGCAAGGAGAUCCAACUCAUCAACGAAGCUGUCAUAAAACAUAACGCUAUUUUAAAAGUUAUUUUCGAGAACGAUUAUCUUCAAGACCAACAUAUUAUCAAGCUCUGCCAAAUUUGCUCAUUGCUCUCGGUUGCUUUUGUCAAAACAUCAACUGGAUAUGGUUUUGUUAAGAAUGCUGAUGGUCUAUACUCCUACAAGGGUGCCACCAUCCCGCAUCUUAAGUUGAUGCGAGAACACUGUGCACCAGGUGUACAAAUCAAGGCUGCUGGUGGUGUUCGAACGCUGGAUGAUCUACUUGUUAUAAGAUCGUUAGGCGUAACACGCGUGGGAGCUACCGCCACUAUUGCUAUAAUGGAAGAAGCUAAGGCACGCGGCAUCACGGAUACGCCAACCGAAGUCAUCGUGAAGUCAGCUGAUCAUCUUCAGGGCGGUUAUUAA